AUGCCCCCUCCCAUCCUCUCCUCCCCGUUUCUGACGCACUCGGUGCUCGAUACUCUCCUCUCGCAGCCCGCUUCCGCACAGGACCGGAUAAAUCUCCUCUCCGCCAAGAUCCACCUAUACGCCAAUGAGCCCACACCAGGCGCAGCCACAGGACAGGCUUCUUCAUCGACACCAUCAUCUAGUCCGACCUCUGCUGCGCCUAGCAGCGUGACUCAGAUUGAUGCGGCCGGAGCGAGAUCAGGCGGACUGGGAAGAGAUGAAAGGCGGAUACCGGAAAUGCGGACCCGGCUGGACUUGGCGGAGGUCCAGUUGAAUGAGGCGAGGCAGACGGGCGAGAGCGGAGGAUAUACCCAGCAGGCGGACGCGGCGCUGCGGAUCGUGCUGGACUGGACGAGGGGAGCGAUGAAGGGGAUAGAGAGGCGGCGGAAGGAGAGAAGCGGAGGGAGAGAGGAGGGAAAUCCGGCGGACGUCAAUAAAUCGGGCUCGCUGUCUCCGGCGGUGGGGCUGGGGGGAGCUACGGAAGAAGAUGCCACUGGCUGGGAAAGCGAGCUGCGGGCGAUGCGAAGAAGAGCGUUGGGGAUGGCGAUACAGGUGGAAGAAGCAUUGGGGCGGACUGGGCGGAUAGUGGGGCUUGGGAAACAGCUGGUGGAGGAGGAGAGCAUGCAAAGCGGGAGCUGA